UUCCCCCCUUUGGAUUGUUUUUGUGGUUAGAAUUUUCAGGUGCUUUCAUUUAAUUAUGCUCAAGAAGUUUAUAUGGUUCUGUUUUUAAUGUUUGGAAGAUUUACAGGAAAUUUAUAUGAAUCAUUUUAUGUGCAAGAAAUUUACAUAGGCAACUUAUAUAGUCUCAUUCUCUUGGUCAUUCGGUGAUUAACAAAAUUUUUUAUAUGUAUACAUUUUAUUAUUUUUUACUUUGGAAAAAGUUAGUGUCUUCUAAAAUCUCGCCACAUAGGAAGGACAUGGGGAUGUAAAAAAGGGGAUCUUAUAAACGAAAGAAAACUUUCAUGUCUAAGUUUAACUCAGAUGUAACUCGCUUUUUUUGGGUGUGAAGUAUUGUCAAACCAAAAUACAUAACAAGCAUUAGCUCCUCUGAAAAGGAAGUGAUCCAGCCACACACCUUCCAGUACGGCUACCUUGUUACAACUUCACUCCAAUCACUAGCCCUGCCGAUUUUGCAUCUGUUUAAUUCAGCUGGUUUACUUGCUCGCACGUGUCUAAUUGCAUAAUUCAGAGUACAGUGAAACAUUGGCUAUCGUACUAAUGGGGUUUUCAAAGGAUUUUGGAUGCAUCUCAGACUGGAUGCGGAUCGGUGCAUUUUCCGUUGAAUCUUCAGAAGCAUUCCUAACAGAAAAGCUGAUCAAACCAUCAAGGCUCCCAGAUGGAGAGAGCAUACAGAAAAUGUUGGAGUCCUGCGGCAGUUGUGUGUUGGAUAAAGUUAAAACUGGGAUAUGGAUUGCUGAUCUUCAACUUGCUCGAUGCCACGCCUGCGAGCUCAAUACUUGUGAUGGAACGAUGCAGACAGUGGAUGCAAGGCAUAUAGAGCUGUUCUUGAGCGAGGGGUACAAGAAUGGAAGUCGGGAUUGCGAGCUCAUCGGUCGUCAUGAUGUCAACGAGCAUGCCAAUGGUGCUUGUGGGGCAAUUUUCGAUAUGAAACACCUCAAGGACUCUUCAACAUCUGGACAUCUAAAUUUCUCUGGAGCAAAACAGGACCAAAUGGACGAAUUUUGGAGUAAUUCUAGUUGAAGGCCGUUCAUGAGUCACUUAGCUUGACUGUGUCAAAAUAUCAAAAUUUUCCACCAAGCGGUUAUUUUUUGGCGAUAAAAUAAAGGAGCAAUACGUGAUGCUGGAAUAGUGACGUUUUGGGCUUGACUUACGUUUUUGGAGCCCAAGAUGACCUCGGAUGGUCUCGUGGCCUUCUGGAGAUGUGUUUAGAACGUCCUGAUCUUUAAAACAAGCUAUCUUGGGCAGGAUUUGGAGGAGAUUUGAGGCUAAAACGUGGCUGGACAGUUUCUGUACAGUUUUUCCUAACUUAAUUAGAACUUUAUGUUUUAAUAUAUUUUAUUAUUAGUUAGCUUCCUAGUGGAAUAAGAGACCUGAUUACUAGGGUUUGUGCGAUAGCUAGAGGGGAUUUUAAGGCUUUGCCGUCUACAAUUUUUCUCUACAUUUUCUUUAAUGCAACUUUGGAGACAAAGAGUAAUUGCUAGGGUUUUUGGA